AUGGCAACUGAGCACAGUCAUGGACACGCUCGUGUCCCCAAUACUCUUGAGUGGCUAGCCAAGACCAAGAGGGGCGAUUACCUUGUUCAAGUAGCAUGGCCUCUGUGCUGGGGUGAGGAUCGUGUUGCUGCCCAAGAUGAAAAGGUCAAUCUGGUUUAUCUUGUCGAUGGCAAUGCCUAUUUCUUUACAGCUGUUGACGUAUCUCGUCGCUUGGAAUAUCUGAAUAGCACAAGAACUGUCAUUGUAGGCAUCGGAUACCCUCCCAGUAAAUACGUCUAUGACUUCCGUCGGGGUCCAGAUCUGACCCCAUUCGCCGAAGAGUACGACAUGCCGCUCGAUAGACAUGGCAAGCCUCGUACCGACAUCUCAUUUGGCGAAGCCGAGCAAUUCCUCGACUGGAUGAAGACUGAUGUCAUGCCAUAUGUUGAAAAUGAGCUCUUCCCCAAGGCCAAUUUACACACCGGUCGCAAGGCCUUGUUCGGCCACUCUUACGGAGGCAUCUUCGCUCUCAACACCAUGUUCACCGAGCCAGAGCUCUUCAACAGUUUCUUGAUCGCCAGUCCCGUCAUUUGGUGGAACAAGGACUUUUUGAUCCGCAAACCUGAAAAGACUUUCCUCGCUCGCGACAAGCCUGUUGACCCUCCGUUUUCGCUGGCGCUUACAUGGGGCACUGGCAAGUCGGAACUGGAAAGGGAACCUCAAGAGACUGACGAGGAGUGGUGGAAGCGACAGAACUGCGCUGAGCACGACGAAAUGAGGGAGGCUGCACAAACAUUAGCAUCGCGAUUGGAGAAGAGCCCGAGCGUGAAGAAGAUCUGGACACGCGAGUUCGCAGGCGAGGAUCAUGGAAGUGUGGCGGUGACAGGUCUUCAGCAGAGUCUUAUGCAGUUCAUUCUUGGCAAGAUAUAA